AUGCCUCUCCUCUCCCUCCCCUCUCUUCAGCGGCAGCUGACGAACGCGACGCCCAAAUUCAAAUUCAAAAAUUCGAACCACGAAGCUCUCUCUGUUCUGCAAUCAUGCAAUUCCAUGGAAGAGCUCAAGCGUGUCCACGCGCACCUCAUCACAACAGGCCGAAUCAGAGACACCUACAUUGCCACCAAAAUGGUGGAGUCUUAUGCUGUUCGCGCGAGAAACAUGGAUUACGCGCAUCGAGUAUUCGACAGAGUUGACGAUCCUGAUUCUUACUCUUGGACCACCCUGAUCAGAGGCUGUGUUCUGGCAAAAAACCCAGAAAAGGCUAUUGAAUUCUAUGGAGUGAUGAGGUCGAGAGGCGUGCAAUUGAACAAAUUCACGUUUCUUUUUGUGCUCAAGGCUUAUGGAUUGAGACCCAGUUACGAAGAGGGUAGGGUUGUUCACGGAAAAAUUGUGAAAAUGGGUUUUUAUUCUGAUGUGUUUAUUCGUAAUGCGUUGAUUCAUAUGUACUCAAAAUGUGGGGAUCUGUCCAAUGGAUGCAAACUGUUUGAUGAAAUGCCUACGUGCAAUGUGGUUAAUUGGAAUACGAUGAUAAUGGCUUUUUUUGGUUGUGGGGAUGUUGAGAAUGGGCGUAGGCUGUUUGAUGAAAUGCCGGAGAGGAAUGUUGAGUCAUGGAAUGCAGUUAUUGGUGGGUAUUCUAAGUUGGGUAGUGUUGAUAUUGCUAGAGCUUUGUUUGAUGAAAUGCCGGAGAGAGAUUUAGUUUCGUGGGGUGCAAUGAUUUCAGGCUAUGUGCAGAAUAGGAGGGCAAUGGAAGCCUUGGAGCUUUUUAACAAAAUGCAGUUUGAUGGUUUUAGCCCGGAUGGAGUAAUUAUAACUAGCAUUCUUUCUGGUUGUGCCCAAAUUGGGGCACUGGACAUGGGAAGAUGGAUCCAUGCCUACAUGAAUACGAAAAAAUUAACAAAUGAUGUUAUCUUGGGCACUUCUCUUUUGGAUAUGUAUGCUAAGUGUGGAUGCAUUGACAUAUCUUUUCAGUUAUUUCAUAAUAUGCCGCAAAAAAACUUAUGCUCCUGGAAUGCUAUGCUCUCAGGGCUUGCCAUUCAUGGUCAUGGAUCCACUGCUCUAGAGCUCUUUAAGGAAAUGGAAGCUGCUCAUAUUGAACCCAAUGAUGUGACUUUUGUUGCUGUCUUAUCAGCAUGUAGUCAUAUGGGAUCCGUUGAUGAAGGGUGGAAGCAAUUCGAUCGAAUGGACACAGAGUUUCACAUCACACCAAAGAUUGAACACUAUGGCUGCAUGGUGGAUAUCCUUGGGCGUGGGGGACUAAUUAACGAAGCUAAGGAGCUAAUCGCAACUAUGCCAAUGGAGCCAAAUAUAGUUAUAUGGGGAGCUUUACUCAAUGCUUGUAAGAUCCAUGGUUACACAAAUAUCAAUGACGAUGUUGAGGAUUACCUCCAAAAGUUGGCUUUAGGAGAUGGAGGGUGCUAUGUACUUUUGUCCAACAUAUUUGCAGGUAAAAAUCAGUGGAGUGAAGUUGAGAAAACAAGGAAGGUGAUGAGAGAAACGCAAACUGAGAGGAAAAUCCCUGGCUGCAGCUCGAUUGAAGUGAAUGGUGUGGUUCAUGAAUUCUUUGCGGAAGACAGAGUACAUCCUGAUUGGAAAGAGGUGAAUGAGGCUAUAGAGAGGCUUAGGACUCACUCAGAGAUCAAGGGUUAUGUGCCUAAUCCAUCACUAGUGUUGUACAAUACAGAUGAGUUCAUCAUCUGA